GUUUUACGGUUUUCGAAAUAUCUCGAAUUUCGGCUUUGCCCCAACUCCGGCAUUGCCCCAACUUCCCCUAAUAUUUUUGACAUUGCGAAUAUCAAGGCGCAGGAAAUCAAGGGCCUGAAACGACAUAACGGCCGACAUUUUAGCUGCAAUGCAUCGCCUUGAGUGCAUCAACUGCAACAUUCGGCACGUGCAAGGUGAAAAUUCAACGAGUUGAGAAGCGUUGAAAAAUUGCAUACAAAAGUUUCCAAGACGUUUCCAAGCUUGUCGAACGAUUUAUUCGAACGAAUUUCGACAUGUAAAUUGAUAAAAAUUUAAAGCUGCGGUAAUCUAACGUUCAAACGAAGUCAGACUAUUGUGUCUCUUACAAAGCUCAAUUUAAUCUCGAUUGGUGAUUUGUGCUCGCCGCGACCAUGGCGUUUUCGUCGUCGACCAUCGAGGUGCCGCUGGCGGUGCAGCGGGCUCGGGAGAAUCAGGUGCGUCGGUAUGCCGCCUACCUGCAGCGAAGCCUGGACGGAGGCGAGCCCGACGACAACGAAGAAGAGGAGGCAGAGGUGGACACGUGCUGGUCGUGGUGCGUCUGCAUGGGCGCCCUGCUGGUCAACACAUUCCUGAUCGGCAUCCACCACGCCUACAGCGUCCUCUUCAUUGCAUUCCGCCAGGAGUACGGACUCUCCUACGACACCGCAUCGUGGCUGGGCUCGCUCUCGUACGGCUUCUCGUCGUUUCUGGGCCCGUUCUCUGGCCUGGUGUUCCACAAGAUCGGCCACCGGGCCUGUGCCACGAUCGGCACCUUUAUCGCCGUGGCCGGCCUGCUGGGCUGCAGCUUCGCCCACAGCGUCACCGAGCUGGCCGUCAGCUACGUCUUCCUGUUCGGCCUCGGCUCCAGUCUGUCCUACACGCCGUCCGUGGUCGUCAGCAAUCCCUACUUUGACCGCCACCUGGGCCUCGCCACCGGAAUAGUGAUGUCUGGCACCAUGAUAGGGGGCAUGAUACUGCCUCCAGUUGCUCAGGUACUGCUGACAUCUGUCGGAUACCGGGCCACAAUGCGAGUGCUGGCCGGAAUCGGGUGUCUGGGGUUCGUCGGCGCCUCGACUUUCAGCGGCCGGGAGCGGCUCAUACCGACCAACCAGACAGAGCCCGGCCGGCCCCGAGACGUGACGGUAUACCUGCGUCAGGUGAGGAACACCCUCCGAGACCCCGUCUACUGCGUCUGGGUGUCGUGCAUCAUGCUGGUCCAUCUCGGCUCCAUGACGCCGAUCAUACACCUGGUGCAGCGGGGCCUGGACAUCGGUCUCAGUUUCGGCGAGGCCUCCUCGGCCGUAUCUCUGAUGUCGGUGGCCAGUGCUCUGGGCAGGAUCGGCUUCGGUCGGGUCCUCGACCACCCUCGAGUCUCACAGAGACUCAUGGCACAGCUCUCCAUUUUCGUGAUGGGCCUGUCCCUGAUCCUCGUGCCUGCCGUGGUGAACCUGCCACUGAUGCUGGCGUUCGCGCUGGUGUACGGCGCCGCCGAGGGCCUCUACGUCGACCUGAUGCCCCUGACCACACUGCGACUGAUGGGACCGCGAGGAACGGCCGAGAUCGCCUGGACGCUGCUGGUCGGGAUGGUAUCCAUUCCGUGGAUCAUUGGACCGUUUGUGGCCGGUAUUCUGCGAGAGACUGUGGGCUCCUAUGACCUGGCGUUCAUCCUCUGUGGAGCCGUCAUCGUUGCCGCUGCCGGCAUCCUGUUUGCGCUGCCGCUGGCUCUACGUCGCAGAGAGAUGGCGGACGGUUCGCCCGAAGGAGCCGGAGACGCGCCUGCACAGCUGACCCAGGCCAGCUUCGGCGCGCCCAUUUUCGGCUACAUCAGCAUCCAGGACAUGCCGCCCAGCUACCGGCAGCAGAUCCGUUUCCGUCCGGGAAAGACAACCCAGCUGCAGCAGGGCCUCGGUCCGGGAGGGUUACAGAGCACUGCGCAGACCAUCUCCAACCUGGAGAUCCAGCCGCUCAACGCCAGCAGUCGCGCACACAACCGAUGGACCGCCAGCCGGUCUCAGGAGGUCGUCUCUCGCCCUCUACCACUCGAGUACGACUCUCUGGCCGCGCUGCGGAGGAACAUCCCCAGUCAGCGACCUGGCGCGGAGACCACCCCGCGGCCGGAGCCGGCAGCUCCACCGGCCGCAGCUCCGUCCGCCUCCAAGACACUGCCGCCGCCGCCGGCCGCGCUGCCGCCGCCCGUGGAUCAGGUGCCGGCAGGAUACGAAGCACUGCCCGUGGCCGGCUACCUGGUCCUGGAACCGGGCUCAGACCAGGCACGAUUCGUGGUGGUGGACAGCCGCGCCGGGCAGACGCUCAUGAUGCGCACCUCUCUGACGCCCGGCCCGGCUGAUGUAGAGGACGAGAGUGACGACCGACUGCGGCAGGUGCUGGAGACGAUCGCUGAGGAGUCGCGCAGCAACAUCGCCGUGGUGGACGGCGGCGAGGGAGCCAGCACGGCGCACGAGCGGUUCCGCCAGGUGCGCCGCGCCGUCACCGGCUGGCACGCCUACCAGGAGGCCGACGAGGCGGAGGUCACCAGUCUGACAGAGUCUCGGUCCGUGGAGGCAGCCACCGCCGGCCCAGUCACUGAGCAGGAGACGGCGCCGCCGCGACCCGCGUCCCUCUCGUCUAUGGACGUGCGACCCACGGCCGCGACAGCCGCCUCGCUGUCUGACGCCGAGCUGGAGACGCCCGAGCAGCGCUCCGUGUCGCCCUCGGAUAUCACCCUGUCGGGUGUGGCCGACUCGCAGGAGUGGCACGAGCCGCGGCCCGGCUCAGCCAUGUCCGACCGCGCCCGCUCGGCCGACACGCGGCGCCGGCGCAGUCUCGGACUCAGUCUCAGUCUCAGUCGGGGAGGAGAGGCGCGGCCCGCCAGCAGCGACCACGGCAGCCUGGGGAGCGUGUCGAGCGCGGAGGAGGCCGACUCGUCCACCGGCGACCGGCCUUACUACUGAAAUAGCACAGAGCAGGCGGAGAAACAAGGAACUUAUCGGGGUAAAGGUUACCAGGACCAACGACAGGCAGGGUAGCUUAUGAGUAAACCCUUUAGAAAGCCCACGUGAGAGGGAGCUCGGAGAGUCAAAGGAUAGCCACCCUGAAUCCCACCAUCCCUUACCACCUCAAAAACUUGAUCAUUUCAUUCGAAAUGUAUUCGCUACCAGCUCCCGAUGGGAUGGAUCACCGCAAAACAUGGCCGUGGGGCGGUAUAAAUAAAGCUGAUUUGGUCUGUGGACGGCCGAGCGCCGGACGGUACGGGGCGGUCCGAUCAGGGUUUGCACCGGCCCGUGAAGCGCGGGUACAGACACACCUCUCGAAUGUGGUAGCGGUUCAGCAGCCAGCAGAGUAGACGCUCCAGGCCCAGGCCGUACCCGCCAUGCGGAGUUGUGCCGUAGACACGCUGUAACGAACAGCGGAGCGGGUGUUAGAUAUUUCCGGACCAGCCGAGUGUGAGGGGAUGGUGCGUACUGGCUAGGGACAGCUACGAUAGGCCAUUUUUGAAGGUCCGCGGAUGAAAAGCGUAAGAGGCUGGAACGAUUUACAAGGCAGUCACGCUCAACUGACACUGCCCACAACUUAGGUUUUGGUGGGUAGAAAAGCCAUGCGACGUGACAAAAAGAUUAUGCAUCGAAGUGCAGGAUUGCAGAAACGUUCAUCUCACAAAUGUCAAAAGGCAAUGCUACCGAGCAUAUCAGAACCGGUUCAAGCAAGAUACAUGCUUUACCAUGACAGAUAGAAGAUAUGAAUAGAUCAUCCCUGUUUUGGCACCCAGUGGCUACGACCAGAAAAAAACGACAACGAUCAAUGCCGACCGAUUAAGUGCUGCCGAUAUAGGCAAUUGUACCAAACCCAUGACUCGUUGAAAUACAAAUACAGACUGCGCUGUCCAA